ACACUGUAUGACACAUGUGCUGCUUCCUUUUCCAGUGGUAACUGGUCAGAAACCAGACAAGAAGCAUCUGAACAAGAGCCGCUUUCUCCUGGUCUCUGCCCAGCUCUUCCAGCUGUUCUGCUCCAUCCAUCUUUGGACUGUGUCUAGGAAAACAAGACUGUCUGUACAAAAAUACAGGGGGGAGCAUUUCUGAAUGCAUAAAGGAUGACUUCCGAUAACAGUACAACAUCUCCUCCGCCUGCAAAUAUUGGAAGCUCUCCAGCAGGAGCUGAUAUUGCUGUCAUUGGAGGUGUCAUUGCUGCUGUGGCUUUUGUCUUGAUUUGUCUCUUGGUAGUGAUGCUACGAUACAUGUACCGGCACAAGGGCACCUACCACACCAACGAAGCAAAGGGAACCGAAUUUGCCAAAAGCGCAGAUGCUGCUUUGAAAAAUGACCCUACCCUUCAAGAAGCCAUGGAUGAGAGCCGGAAAGAAUAUUUCAUCUGAGAGCAAAGGCAGCCCCACUGAGACUCACUUAGUAAGUCUCUCCUUCUCAAGGGAAUUGAUCAGAGGCACUACAUCAAAAAGCAUCAGGAUAUGAAGAUUGCACAGAGGAGAACAAGGGGACUAAUUGAAAUAUUGCUGUUUGCCCCCAAGAAGAACUAAACGCCAGGUCCAUGGCUGUUUAUUUGAUUUAGCAGCAUAGCUCAAUUGAAUAGCAGAUCAGGAGAAACAAAAAAAUAAAUCUCAGGAUGAGUGAUUAACUGGAAGCAGAUAAUAACAUCAAAUGUCAAACCUUGACAUUUGGCAAAAAUAGCAAGUACCAAUGGAAAACAUCCUCA